AUGGAGUCCAGCGGGGACUGGCAAGCCGUCCUCCGCGAACUAGACGCCGCGGAAGGGCGCGCCGCCGCCACAGCUGCCGCUGCCGCCGCCGCGGCUGCCUCCACAUCAGCGGCCGUUGCCCCCCGAGCCGAGCCGAUGACGGUGUACAUGUACACCGCGUGCAUCACCACCAUGUCCAAGUGCAAGCGGUGGAGGGAGGCCCUUGAGAUUCUUGACAGGAUGAUGGCGGCAGCGGAGGAGGAAGGGGGCGGUGGGAAGCUGACCCCGAACGUGAACACGAUGAGCGCGGUGAUAACGGCCUGCGGGAGGUGCGGCCAAGGCAAGGCGGCGCUAGAGGUGCUCGAGAGAAUGAAGACCAUCGGCGACGAAGCCGGGGGGUUGAAGCCCGACCUGCACUGCCUCAGCGCGGCAAUCGACGCCGCGGGGGGUGCGGGGGAGUGGGAGGCCGCCCUCCGUGUCUUGGACGACCUUCGUGCUGCUGGAUUAAAGCCGGAUGGCUUCGUGUACAGGGCCGCCAUAACGGCGUGCGGGAACGGGGACAAGCUCGAGAUGGCGAUGCAGCUGCUGCGCGACAUGCGUGAGGACCCUGAUGUUCCGGUCGACGUCGCCAGCUUCAACGCUGCCAUCACCGCAUGCGGAAGAUGCAAGCAGUGGCAGGAGGCGAUAUCCUUGCUGAGAGAGAUAAGCACCGAGGGCCUGGCCCCGGGACUCGUGAGCUACGGUGCCGCCAUAAACGCCUGCGCCACUUGCAAGCAGGGCGAUGCCGCGGUGGAGCUGCUGCGCGAGAUGCCCAUCGUGGGCAUCACCCCGGACUCGAUGGUCUACACCUCCGCCAUCUCGGCUUGUGGGCGGGCCGGCCAAUGGGAGCGGGCCGUCGGCCUCUUUCGAGAGAUCAGCAUGCUCCGGGUCGGGUUUCGGCCCGACGCGGUGUCGUACUCGGCCGUGAUCACCGCUCUCGGGGACGGUGGGCAGUGGGGGGAGGCGUUGAGGUUCUUGCGCGAGAUGCCCCAGACCGGGGUCAGGCCGGACGUGGUCUGCUUUAACUCGGCGGUCACGGCGUGCGCGAAGAGCGGCCGGUGGGAGGAGGCCGGGGGCCUGCUGAGGAAGAUGCUGGAAGCGACGUCGUCGCCGUCGGCUUCUCCGUGGUGGUCCUCUUCGGGGGCACCGCGGACAGGAGAUGCGGGAGGGGGUGCAGCGGCUGCUGCCGCCGCCGGAGCAGCGCGACGAAGAAACGUCGGGGUUCCCGCGCGAUCAGCAAGGUUAGGCAGGAAUCCGGCAGCCGCAGCACCGGUAUCAGGCCGAAGGAGAAGCGGUGACGGUGGCGGAAACAGCGGCGGCGGCGGCGGCGGCAGCAGCGGCAGAGAGGCGGAAGCGGGCCGCUAUUUCUACUGCAGACCCAACGUCGUGACGUUCAACGCGGCCAUGCAGGCCGCGGGGAGCGCGGGGGAGUGGCGGGAGGCCCUGACGCUCCUGCGAGGCAUGCUCGCAGAAAACAUCGCGCCGAAUGCAACGUCGUACACCUCCGCCAUCGCCGCUUGCGGCUUCGCGGGCGAGUGGGAACAGGCCCUGCACUUGCUAAGAGCCCUGAAGAAGGGAGAGGGAAAGCUGGGCGUGGGGGCAUACAACGCGGCUAUCAAGGCCUGCGGUGAAGCCGGCCGCUUCGAGGAAGCCUUGGGGGUUUUGAGAGAGAUGGAGGCCGACGUGGGCCUGGAGACCCCGUCAUCGUCGACAACGACAAAAACCCCGCGUCCGGACGUAACCACCUACACGGCAGCCAUCGCGGCGUGCGGGCGGGCGGGGGAAUAUCGGCGGGCAGUGCUGCUCCUCCGGGAGAUGCCCACGGUCGGGAUCGCACCCAGCAGGAUCAGCUACAAUGCCGCCAUGACCGCCUGUGGCCGCAGCGGUCAGUGGGAGCUCUCCCUCUCGCUCCUGAGGGAAAUGACGAAGCUGGGCGUGUCGCCAGACGUGGUCAGCUACAACUCGGUUAUGUCGGCGAUGGGCGAUGCGGGGGAAUGGGAACGAGCGGUUGGCCUGCUUGAGGAAAUCAGCGGCAGUGGUGGAGACCUUGUAGGGCCGGACUGCGUGAGCUUUGCGAUUACCAUCCGAGCGUGCGAGAUGGCUGGACAGUUGGAAGAUGCCGCCGGCUUGCGGGCGGAGGCGGCGAGUAUGGGGCUGCUGCCCGUGGCGGAGUGCGGCGAUGCAGCGGGCCUGGCUUCUGGGCUGAAGGUCGAUGCCAACGAAGGCGAGGUGGUUACGACGAGGUUCCCUGUAACGCCGGCCGAAAUCGCCUCCGGUUCAUUUGCAAAGCCUUCCCAAGGAAGAUUACGUCGCUCCGCUGGUGAAGAAGCAGCAGCAGGAGGAAGCAUCACCCCAGUUUAGUCUGGAGGAAAGGGAAACGGUGCAUCCAGGCGUUUGGGAUUGGAUGGGAUGGGGGGGAGGAUUGUGCUCAAAAUGUAAACCCAUGCCGUAGUCGUUAUGGAGACCAUUGAUCUCGCAUCCCUAGAGUACAGUCGAACCUCGCUUAAGUUAACACAUGGUUUUUCCCGAAAAAAAGUUAACUUAAGGCGAGGAAGUUAACUUAAAAUUCAGGGGACCACAACUCACCAUCCCCGGGGCCAAUAGAGGCGGUGAAUACCUCAAUAGACGCGCAUUGGGCUCCACUACGUGUUUGACGAGAGAGGAGACUGAAAAAAGUGAGAGGGAGCAUAUUUUUAUGUCCAUUUUACUAAACAACACUAUAACCAAGAUGCUAUGUUGGAACGCUUGAACCCACGCACACAUUUCUCGUCGAUCGCAAUGUACAGCCACUCCUGUGUAGUAGUCUCAUGCGGUCCCACGCAUUCAAGACAUACAUAGGCCACCCCAAACACAGCUCUGGUCGUUUGUACCGCACACUCUACGACCUCCACAUGUCGCGCAGAGUUGCCUGCAGCUCCCCCCCCUCCUUGGCUCGCCGCUUCACUUGAGUUUCGUGAGUGAACGAAUGCACAACUUUCGAGAGCAGGUACUGGGUCUCGCGGUACUCCCCAUCCUUUCCGUUCGCGUACAAGUAGGAGCAAACCUUCUCUAGGCUACCGCGAACUUCGGCCUCUGUCAUCGAAGAUGUUACGCACGACUCUGGUCUACCCCCACCAUCUUCAUCGUCCGUGGAGUCCGGUACCGUGCAUGUAGGCUCCUCGCAUCGUUUUUUGCCAGGCGCAGACGAUGCACCGCUGGAUGGAAGGAAUCUCUCCAUACCCACAGACAGCAGGUGCAGCAGCAGACCUCUUAUUGGCGGUCUACAGAGCAGUGAGAGCACUGC